AGUUUUUUUCAAAUGUGAAAAAUUACAGCAAACGGCUCUCAAUAAAGCAAACACCUUCCUUGCCUUUUCGUCCUACGAUUCCUAUACAGCUUUUCCAACCGGCCUCAAUUAGCUCUUCCUGCAAUUCGCAUGCUACGCCGGCCGCAUGUCUUCACGUUGGAAUCAGAACUCCAGUCCUUUCAAUGAAGACGUCAACAGCUCCGACCCCACGAUUUCAUUUAAAGCUCUCUUGUCACUCGAGCAAGAAAUACAGCAGAACAUCACCUUGAUAAAAAAUGAAGAGCCGCCUAAGAUUUCCUAUUCUGAGCGACAGUCCUUGGUGUCUAAAACAGAAAAAUUGCUGACAGAAUCAUAUACAAAAACCAAAGAAUGGAAAAAAAAAGCUAAUCAACGGACAUAUGAAAAGAUGAGAGACGAAAUUUUGCAGCAAGUGAGACACCAUAUUCUGGAAAUCAACAAUUUAAAAAACUUGCUGCGCAGAGCAGUUUUGAAAAUGAGGCUCGACCAGGUGGAGGAAUACGAGGUCAAACGUAGACAAAUGCUCUGUUCCGAUGGUCACACAGACGAAGUGCCAAGCCCUUUUGCGCCUAGAAAAAGUGAGAGUAAAGACAUCUUGAGAGAGUCUAAAAAUGUAACCCGGGAGCUCAUUCUAAUACGUUCAAUGAUGAAAACAGGCGUCUCUUAUGGACAAGAAAUUAUAGGAGAGCUAGACAAUCAAGGGCACGAAAUAGACGCCACAAUCCAGGAAUUAAGAGAAAUUCAAGGAACUGUUUCUAAGGGAAGGUAUGCGCGCAAAGGCCUCGAUGUUAUUUUCCAAUAGACACGUAUUUUGACCCAUUUUUGUGCAGAAAUUGGAUUUCCUUUUUAAGGUGCCGCGAAUUUCUAGACAAGAUAUCUAUAUAUUUAUCGUUUUCAUUUUUCAUCUUGACAUGCCUUUACAUCAUUAUGACCAGGAUUCGGUUAACUGCUCUUAUUCCUUGGCCAUCCAUCCUUGCCAUGUAAAAAAGAAAUACAUUCAAUCGUUUUAUUCUUCCGUCUUGUCCAAA